GUAUAUUAGUUUUAAAAAUUUUGCAACGCCGAUCGGAGUUCCGACAAAAAUAAAUAAAUACGAAAAUGAGAUUUAUUACCAUUUCCCUACCGUUUAAUUGACUGUCAUUCUUCAUAAUGAUCCAGGGUUAAUUGGAGGAAAUUGAGGAAGAAAAGAGGAGUAAGCAAACCCACAGGAAGCAAUGAGCUCAGAUGGAUUCUGCAAAAUUUAGUACCCUGUCGAGGGUCCCUCUUAAAAAUUACAUGGACUAGUCAGUGAAUCUGAUCCGAAUAAUGUGCUGCGAGAUCAGAGUACAAGAAGGAGUCUAAUCUGUGAAGGCCAUGGUGGUCUGUAAAUGCAAAAAGGCAACUAAGCUUUAUUGCUUUGUGCAUAAAGCUCCAGUUUGUGGGGAAUGCAUCUGUUUUCCAGAACACCAAUUAUGCGUGAUUCGGACUUAUUCAGAGUGGGUGAUAGAUGGAGACUAUGACUGGCCCCCUAAUUGUAGUGUAUGCCAGAAAGUGUUAGAAGAUGGAGCGGUCACUACUAGAUUGGGUUGCUUACAUGUUGUGCAUACACAUUGUAUGGUGUCACACCUCGAAAGUUUUCCUCCUCACACAGCUCCAGCAGGAUAUGUUUGUCCUGCUUGUUCAUCUCCGGUAUGGCCUCCAAAAAGCAUAAGGGAACCGGGAUCUGCUCUGCAUACCAAAUUGAAAGAAGCUAUUUCUCAGAGUGAAUUGGCAAAGAAUCUCUUAGGAAAUGAUCUAAGUGCUGGUAAAUCAUAUGAGCCUCGGGCUGCUCCACCAGCCUUUGCAUCUGGUCCACUUGUUAAUAUGGCUGCCGCUUCAUCCCAAGGAAAUGCCAGUGUUAAAGAGACAAAUGCAUUGGGAGAUUCAUCUUUGUCUGGAACAAGGUCAGGCACUUCUAUCAGUUUAAGUUCAGAUAUUGUUGAGAUAGAUGGAGAUAUCCCUGUUGGUCUCCAAUCUGCAUUGACUCCUGAUCCUCAAUUCUCAAAGUCUCCAAAUACAGCUGGUCCAGGGGCAACAACAAGAAAGGGCUCCUACCGGGGUGAUAAAUACAAUCCAACAUUCUCCACUUAUGAUGAUGAUGAUGAAAGCAAACGAAAGUAUACUCGACGUGGUGGUUUUCAUAGGAAGUUCUUGAGGGUUUUGCUACCUUUUUGGUCUCCUGCAUUGUCUACCUUGCCCAUAACGACUCCACGUAAAGAAGACCGAGAUGGAUUAGCAACUGAUGAGUUGAUUGAGGGACAUUCUCGACGGCGGCGUUCCACUGUGGAUCCCAGGAGAAUACUACUAUUCAUUGCAAUUCUGUCUUGUAUGGCCACCAUGAUGCUUCUGUAUUACAGGCUCUCCCAAAGCAGUACAGAUGAAGAUCGCCCUGACCUAGAGCAGCAGUAAUUACCCUUAUUGUUAUGGUUUAAGAAGUUUAUUUGUCAUUUAUCUUCUUGAAAUGAUUCUUUAGAAAUGCAGAUAAAUAGUAGCUGCUCUACUAUAGGCAGCAACUUGAGGGUGCCUAUCAGAGAUUUUCACUUUUGCUCUUGUUAAGUUAAUUGCUGUUCCUAAGUUAAAAUGGCUUCUCUAAUAUAUCCUUGAUUCAGAAGGCAAUUUGGUAAUGUAAACAUGUUGGCCAUGCGGGCAGUUGAAAAAUUCUAUGGAGUAGCCUGCUUUUACAGCAAUUGUCAAAUAUUGGUGCCCUAUCGAUGCUUGCAUAAUAGAGUCAUGUACAAUAACCAUCAUGCUGAAUAACUUGUUUGAUGAAAGAAUUCGAACCCAAAAAUCACAAGAUUGUUUAAGCUACUCUUGGUUUUCUUUUUGUAAACAGAGGCAAUCAUAUUCAAUUUAAUCUUGUAUCUUGUUCUUUGCAAA